AUGUCUCUCGUUUUUGAAAUACCUCGCGAGCUCCCUUCAGACUCGAUUCAGACACAUGGACAGACUGCAGACCUCGAUGAGGCGAUUGAGCGUCGUCGUGCUGCCCUGCAACUCUGCCCCGACGGCCAUCCCGAACAUUGCCAGUCUCUGAAUAACCUUGCGAGCUGCCUUCAGACUCGAUUCGAACGGUAUGGACAGACCGUAGACAUUGAUGAGGCAAUUGAGCGUCAUCGUGUAGCCCUGCAACUCUGCCCCGACGGCCAUGCCAGACGUUCCUUGUCUCUGAACUACCUUGCGUGUUCCCUUCAGACUCGAUUCGAACGGCAUGGACAGACUGCAGACAUUGAUGAGGCGAUUUCGCAUCAUCGUGCUGCUCUGGAACUCUGCCCUGACGGCCAUGCCAGACGUUCCUUGUCUCUGAACUACCUUGCGUGUUCCCUUCAAACUCGAUUCGAACGGUAUGGACAGACUAUAGACAUUGAUGAGGCGAUUCUGCAUCAUCGUGCUGCCCUGGAACUCUGCCCCGACGGCCAUGCCAGACGUUCCUUGUCUCUGAACUACCUUGCGUGUUCCCUUCAAACUCGAUUCGAACGGUAUGGACAGACUAUAGACAUAGAUGAGGCGAUUGAGCAUUAUCGUGCUGCUCUGGAACUUUACCGCGACGGCCAUCCCAAACGUCCCGUGUCUCUGAAUUACCUUGCAAAUUCCUUUCAGACUCGAUUCGAACGGCAUGGACAGACUGCAGACAUUGAUGAGGCGAUUUCGCAUUAUCGUGCUGCCAUGGAACUUUACCCCGACGGCCAUGCCAGACGUUCCUUGUCUCUGAACUACCUUGCAUGUUCCCUUCAGACUCGAUUCGAACGGUAUGGACAGACUGCAGACAUAGAUGAGGCAAUUGUGCAUUAUCGUGCUGCUCUGGAACUCUGCCCCAACGGCCAUCCCAAACGUCCCUCGUCUCUGAAUCGCCUUGCAAAUUCCCUUCGGACUCGAUUCGAACGGUAUGGUCAGACUACAGACAUAGAUGAGGUAAUUGUGCAUUAUCGUACUGCCCUGGAACUCUGUCCCAACGGCCAUCCCAAACAUCCUGUGUCUCUGAUUUACCUUGCAAAUUCCUUUCAGACUCGAUUCGAACGGUGUGGACAGACUACAGACAUUGAUGAGGCAAUUGGGCAUUAUCGUGCUGCCCUGGAACUUUGCCCCGACGGCCAUCCCAAACGUCCCUCGUCUCUGAAUCGCCUUGCAAAUUCCCUUUGGACUCGAUUCGAACGGUAUGGACAGACUGCAGACAUUGAUGAGGUAAUUGUGCAUUAUCGUGCUGCCCUGCAACUCUGCCCCAACGGCCAUCCCGAACGUCCCUCGUCUCUGAAUUACCUUGCAAAUUCCUUUCAGACUCGAUUCGAACGGUAUGGACAGACUGCAGACAUUGAUGAGGCAAUUGAGCAUUAUUGUGCUGCCGUGCAACUCUACCUCGAUGACCAUCCCAAACGUCCCUCGUCUCUGAAUCGCCUUGCAAAUUCCCUUUGGACUCGAUUCGAACGGUAUGGACAGACUGCAGACAUUGAUGAGGUAAUUGUGCAUUAUCGUGCUGCCCUGCAACUCUGCCCCAACGGCCAUCCCGAACGUCCCUCGUCUCUGAAUCGCCUUGCAAAUUCCCUUCUGACUCGAUUCGAACGGUAUGGACAGACUACAGACAUUGAUGAAGCGAUUGAGCAUUAUCGUGCUGCCCUGCAACCUCGCCCCAACGGCCAUCUUAAACGUCCCUCGUCUCUGGAUCGCCUUGCGAGUUCCCUUCAGACUCGAUUCAAACGGUAUGGACAGAUUACAGACAUUGAUGAGGCAAUUGAGUAUUAUCGUGCUGCCCUGGAACUUUGCCCCGACGGCCAUCCCAGCGUCCCGUAUCUCUGA